AUGUCUCUGCAGGAUUAUCCGUCUCUGGCUCUUCUCGGAGAGAAACUGGCAGAAAACAACAUCUUCCUCAUCUUUGCGGUGACGAAGCGCCUCUACGUUAUUUAUAAGGACUUCACUGCUCUCAUUCCGGGGACCACGGUGGAGAUCCUGGACCAGGACUCCAAAAACGUCAUCCAGCUGAUUAUCACGGCCUAUAAUAACAUCCGCUCCAAGGUGGAGCUGUCGGUGUGGGACCACCCCGAGGACCUCAGCCUCUCCUUCACCGCCACCUGCCAGGACGGGGAGCCGCUGCCGGGCCUCCGGAAGUGCGCCGACCUGAAGAUCGGAGACACGCGUAAACUCAGCCUGGACCUCCACAGCGUCGCCAAGUGUCACCACACUGACCACUGA